AUUGAAUAAAAUUGGACAGUAGCACUUUAUAAUUAGAGCCAUAUAAAUAUUUUGAAAUUAAAUUUAGCAUAAUGUCAAAAAGUUGUAUGUUUUUUAUGCCCAUUUUAAUACUACUCCAAGGUGCUGUCUAUUUGUGGCUCUCUAUCUGGGGUUUAGCCUUACGAGAAUGCAAUCAACAAAUAACCGAUAUAGCAAAGCAACCAUUUCAAUAUGUUAUGGAUUUAGUAUAUUUUUAUGAUGAUGCCUGUGGUCAACCGGCAGUUUUGAUACCCGGCAAUACUGCUGCCAUUUCUAUGAACCUGACCGACACUGCUGAACCCACCGAAAGUCGUACUUUUAUAUUUUUAAUUUGUUACGUGAUCAUUAGUACUCUAUGGAUUUUAACUUCUUUGUGGUGCAUUUUAACCGCUCUGUGUUCGGCUCACAGAAAUUUAAAACUUUUAAGUUUUGGUUCUUGGUUUACGGUCGUGCUAGCGGGAAGUGUUUUGGAUGCUGUAGCUACGGGUUAUCACAUACACAAUUUAGUUCACACUACGUCGGCCAGUAAGACAUUCGAAUAUCUGGGGAUUACUACUACCACCACAGUUAUGGAGUACAUCCGCAGUUUCGAUGAAUAUUUUGUGGCUCCAUCAAUUGUCAUGACUUGCGUUAGUUCCAGGAUUGUUUUGAUAUGGCUUCUUAACUUAUCGGGAUCGAGUAGCUGUUUGUCAACUGUGCUGAAUUCUCCAAAAGAACCCAUAGUGGCCACUUCGGAAAAUGGAGCAACAACUGCAAGUCAAAGUUAAUCAUCGAAUCCAAUAGCUACUUCUACGUGAAACACACAACUAAGUAAAUAAUUACUUGCACUAG